GCCGCCGCCGAGGCGUGCACAACGACCGGAAGAAGUGAUAGCUGUUCGUUUUUCUCCUUGGAGAGGGAAAGUAGGAUGGGUCAGUGAUCGACAUACACGGAGUGGAACUGCGGUGCAUGCCGUAAUGAAGCGGGACGUGAGGAUCCUCCUGCUGGGAGAGCCCAAAGUGGGGAAGACAUCACUAAUUAUGUCGCUUGUGGGAGAGGAAUUUCCUGAGGAGGUUCCUCCUCGUGCUGAAGAAAUAACAAUUCCUGCAGAUGUGACUCCAGAGAGGGUGCCCACACACAUUGUUGACUAUUCAGAGGCAGAACAAUCAGAAGAUGUAAUGCGGGAAGAGAUUGUCAAGGCCAAUGUGGUGUGCUUGGUGUAUGAUGUAACGGAGGAGGCGACCAUUGAAAAGAUUAGAACAAAAUGGAUUCCUCUUAUUAAUGGAGGAGCUGAAAAAGGAAACAAAAUUCCCGUCAUUCUUGUUGGAAAUAAGUCUGACUUGCAGCCUGGCAGUUCAAUGGAGUCUAUUUUACCUAUUAUGAACCAGUUUUCUGAGAUUGAAACUUGUGUUGAAUGUUCAGCAAAGAAUUUGAAAAACAUCUCAGAGCUCUUCUAUUAUGCUCAGAAAGCCGUACUUCACCCUACUGCACCACUGUAUGAUCCUGAAAAUAAACAGUUGAGACAACAGUGUGUGAGGGCCCUAAGUAGAAUCUUCACUAUCUCAGACCAGGACAACGAUGGAAUACUUAGUGAUGAUGAGCUAAACUUUUUUCAGAAAGCUUGCUUUGGCAAUCCACUGGCUCCCCAGGCACUGGAGGAUGUGAAAAAUGUUGUGUGGAAGAACACCAGUGAUGGUGUGCAAGACAAUGGCCUUACAUUGAAUGGAUUUUUGUUCCUGAACACACUGUUUAUUCAGAGGGGCCGACAUGAGACCACCUGGACAAUCCUCAGGAAGUUUGGCUAUGAUGACUCGCUGGAACUCACAGAUGACUACCUCUACCCACAGUUGAGAGUUCCACUUGGCAGUAGCACAGAGUUAAACCAUAACGGCUACCGUUUCCUGCAGAAACUCUUUGAAAAGUAUGAUGUGGACAAAGAUGGAGCUCUAUCUCGACUUGAUAUCAAGAAUUUCUUCACCGUUGUACCAUAUAUGCCUUGGGGAGAAGAUGUGUUUACUACAGUGAGCACAGAUGAAAACGAUUACAUCUCAUUGCAUGGUUACCUCUGCCAGUGGACGUUGACAGCAUACCUUGAUAUCCAUAGAUGUUUAGAGUAUCUUGGCUACUUUGGGUAUCCAUUUAUCAGUGAACAAGAGUCCCAAACAGCUGCUGUAACAGUGACUCAGAACAAGUUGGAGGAUCUGGAGAAGAAACAAACCCAGAGGAAUGUGUUUCUCUGCAAGGUGAUAGGACCUCGAGGUACAGGCAAAUCAUCUUUUUUGCAGGCUUUCCUUGGAAAGAGCCUUUCAAAACAGAAGAGUUCCACCGGUCUACUAUCCUACUACACCAUCAAUACAGUGCACGUUAACAACCAGGAAAAGUAUUUAAUUCUUUACGAAGUAGAUGUUGACACGGAAUUUUUAAAAACUUCUGACGCAGCUUGUGAUGUUGCCUGUCUCAUGUAUGAUGUUAGUGAUCCAAAAUCUUUCAACUAUUGUGCGAGUAUUUAUAAGCUUUUACGAGGUAUGUUUGCAUUUAAUGCACAAAGCAACAAAUUGUGAAGACAAUGUCCAUCUGUCUGUCUGUCCGCAUAAAACAACUCAAGCAACCCAUGGACCAGAUUUUUUGAGGUGUGACACACUUAUUCUUCAAAUAAAUUUGUCAGAUUGGUUUAAUUUUCAUUCUGAUAUCUCAAACAGAUCUGUACAAAGUUUUUACAUUUCAAUAUUCCCAUUUGAAGACCACUGCUGGAUUUGCAGACUAGUCCAUCUUAAAUGUUCAUUGAGACUUCUGUUUGGAAUUAGUUUACUGCUUCAAUUUUAACUUUAGAGGAUUGUAUAUUUUCCUCUUUUACUUGUCUGACAGUUGUUCGGAUACCUAUUGCAAAUUAGUCAAACAUCAGGCAGAGUGUACGUGCAUGUACCAACAGCUCACACAGCAGCAUACUUCUCCUGCUGCUUUAUGUAAGUUAACUAGUAGAGUACAAAAAAGCCACUUCUUUGGAAAUAAAUGAAAGGGGAAAGCAAUUAUUUAAGUAUAUAUAAGACUGAAUUGAUUAUACAAAUUAUUAUUAUAAAGAACUGAUGUUAUCAACCUGCAACUAAAUGGUGUUUGAACUAAUUAAUAAUACUGGAAAGGUGCAACUGUCCUAACAGAUAUAAACGUAGGAUGGGGUUAGAAAUAGACAGUGGCGUCAAGAGUUGUGAGGAAUCAGUGAUUUAAGCCCCUGAUGUUUCAGUCCCAGACAUACAAGAACAAACAUGGAAAGCCUCUGAUCUUCUUGCCCAUCAUGUACCAUUGAUAUUCCCAUUAUACAAUAAAUCGGUUCCUUUCCAUGUUCUUACUUAUUUAAACACUUUUACCAAAUUACUGUGUCUUAACUAAUAGUAAUAGCUAGAUGGGGAACUUAUUUCAGUUCCUUUUCUCUUUUCAUAGAGUAUUAUUCAUAUUUGUUUUAAGCAUGUAUUGGUUAUUUUGAAGUAAUAGAUAUUUUUCAGUUGCUAAUUUUUGGAUACUACUCUAUUGGUUAUAGUUUCAAAACUGUUAUGUUUUUAAUAAAAUGAAACAACAAUUGGUCACUGACCCUCCACCACUAACACACAUCAAAGGAUUGCAUUUGAAUGUCACUUGAAUGGCAGUCUGCUGUGUAUGAAAGCUAUUAAGCCAAUUUAUGCUCCUUUUUUAACUCCAUUGUAAAAUGCUGUUAAAAAGCUCAUAUUUGAUGAUGUCUACUAAAACAUGUAAUUGUAUUCUGUUAUUGUUAUUACUUUUGAAUAUGACUUAUUGUUACAAAACUAUUUAAUAAUCAAAAAUGUGGAUCUCACUAAGAUGUCUUAGUAUUGCAUUUACUGUAUCAAUAGUUUUAUCCAUACGCAUUCCUUUCUUUUUCUUUACUAUCCUUUACCUCACAAU